CAGGUCCUAGUGCGGGGAAUUGCAGCCUCGCUCCCGCAGUCUGCGCUCUGACAGCAGCUCUAGGGAGAACACACACAUCCAGGGAAGCUGCAGAGCACACACACACAUUCAGUGAAGAUACCAUCCGACUGCCCUCUCUCUGGCUCUGCUUCUCACUCACUCUCUCUCUUUCUCCCUCCCUCUCUCUCUCUCUCUCUCUCUCUCUCCCCAACUCUUCACAGUCUUUCGAUAGCUCAGCAUCCUCACUGCUACUGCUGCGGCUGCUGCUACAAGUGGAAAUAUGCUGAUUGCCGGAUUGAAAAGGGUCCCGGGAUGGCUGAAGCUGUUGGCCAGCCUAUGUCUGCUUCUUUGCCUUGUGGGGGAGACCGGGGCCAAGAGGGUCCCCAAAAUCCCCCGCUGUCCUGCCACCUGCUCCUGCACCAAAGACAGUGCCUUCUGUGUGGAUACCAAGGCUAUCCCCAAGAGCUUCCCCCCUGGGAUCAUCUCCCUGACAAUGGUGAAUGCAGCCUUCACUACAAUCCCAGAGGGAGCCUUCUCUCACCUGAACCUUUUGCAGUUUCUUCUGUUGAACUCCAAUACCUUCACUGUGGUGGCUGAUGAUGCCUUUGCAGGUCUGUCACACCUGCAGUACUUAUUUAUAGAGAACAAUGACAUCCACGCCCUGUCAAAGCAUACCUUCAGAGGGCUUAAAUCCUUGACUCACCUUUCUCUGUCAAAUAAUAACCUGCAGCUCCUUCCACGAGAACUCUUCAAAUAUCUUGAUAUUCUGACAGACUUAGACCUGCGGGGUAACUCAUUCCGCUGUGACUGUAAAAUCAAGUGGCUUGUGGACUGGAUGGAGAAGACCAACACCUCUGUCCCGGCCAUCUACUGUGCCAGCCCAUUUGAGUUCCAAGGCCGCAGAAUCCAUGAUCUCACCCCACGAGACUUCAACUGUAUCAGUGCAGACUUUGCAGUUUAUGAAACUUUCCCUUUCCAUUCUGUGUCAGUGGAGUCCUAUGAAUUCAACGACGAUCAGUUUGUGGCCUUCGCCCAGCCUGAUACAGGGUUCUGUACACUGUUUGUAUGGGAUCAUGUGGAAAUGGUCUUCCGGAUGUACCAUAAUAUAACAUCUCGCUCCGCUGUCUACUGCAAGCCUGUGGUGAUAAAUAACACUCUUUACAUGGUUGUGGCUCAACUUUUUGGAGGAUCCCACAUCUACAAGUGGGAAGAGGACCCACAGCGAUUUGUGAAGAUCCAGGACAUUGACACCACACGUGUGAGGAAACCCAACUUUGUUGAGACCUUCCAGCUGGAUGAUGAGUGGUACUUUGCAGUGGCAGACAGUUCCAAGGCAGGCUCUACAAGCAUAUACCGCUGGAACAGCAACGGUUUCUACUCCCACCAAUCCCUUCAUCCCUGGCAUCGUGACACCCAUGUGGAGUUCCUAGAUGUGGAGGGGAAGCAGCGUCUCAUUCUCUCCAGUGCCUCCCAGCCCCCAGUGGUUUACCAGUGGAACCGCAGCCUGCGCCAGUUUGCCUUUCAUUCCCAAAUCACUGAGACUGCCGAUGUGCAGAUGGUCAAGCAUUUCUGGGUGCGCAAAGUUCUCUACCUCUGCCUUACACGCUUCAUUGGCGACUCCAAGAUUCUCCGCUGGGAGGGGCAGCGCUAUGUUGAGAUUCAGACCCUGCCCUCACGUGGCUCCAUGGCUGUGUAUCCAUUCACUGUGGGCCCCCGCCAGUAUCUCCUCCUAGGGAGUGAUUUCUCCUUCUCUCGAGUUUACCUGUGGGACGACCUUACCCAGCGCUUCCAGCCCUUCCAGGAGCUCAACAUGAGAGCACCCCGGGCCUUCAGCUUGGUGUCAGUGGACAACAAAGACAUCCUGCUGGCAGCCAGCUUCAAAGGCAACACCCUGGCCUACCAGCACCUAAUAGUGGAUCUCAGUGCCAAAUAGACCAAACCAGUCAGAUUCUCUGAGACCAUUCAUGAGUCUGUUCUGUUCUUAUGGGGCCCGAUUCCAACUUAGGAAUUUACGCCUUUCCUACACAGUCUUUCCUAUGCAUUUCUUAGUAUUUUGUAUUCAGACGUACCUUAUUUAGUUGCGUAAUGCGCUCUGCAGGUGUGGCUACCUUGCACACUCGGAAUAAAUGUCAUUCAACCGCUGAAUACCCUCCCACUUGCUAGCCAUCAGAUUUUCUUGUGGAGUUUUCAUUCAAUAGGGUUUUCAGUACAUUUAUCUUAAAUCAUCCGUUUAAAUACAGUGCACCUUUUAGUUUGAAUUUUGUCGACAGACUCGAGAGAACGGGUUCAGAAUAUUAGGGAUCAAUGAAAGAAAGCACCAAUUGGUAGAUGGUACUAUAGAUAUAAAAAUACUCUGAUCUUGCAGAUUAUUUAGGUUUAGGAAAGUAUUUAUGAAUCAUAAAAAACAGGUUUAGAGAGCCUUUACGCACGAAAGAAAGAAAACAGUGGUUUAAUUAAUUCUGAAAAUUGCCGCAUUCAGUUCUUUAACCCAUCGUAAUGUUGGAAGAUUAGUGUACAUAUAAUUAUAAUAGGGAGAAUAGUGUAGAAUAGUAGGCUAAACCCUCGUCUAUUGCCUGCACUAACCAUGGAACUGUGUGAUGACACGGCCAAGUAUUGCACCAUGCGUGGGGUUCAAACUGUUACAGCUUGGUCUGCGCUCUGCUCCAUAAUGAUUUAAUUAGCCUGCAUGUCUUUUUUUAUAUUAUCAACUGUUACUAAUGAUCCUCAGCAACAACCACAUGACCGUGACAGCGUUUACAGAGGAAGCAA